AUGUCGGACUCCGACAGCGACGUGAGCAACGGCCCUGCCUCGGAGCUUCCGCCGCUCCCGGUGCCUCCGCCGCUGCCGCGCGCACCGACGUCGCUCGGGCCGCUUCCCGAGACGCGGCGGCCGGAGGUCUUUUUGCUUCCCCAGACCCGACAGGCAGUGAUCCCCGUUUCGCGAGCGUACGUCUGUGACGCGUGUCGGGCGGUGCGGGGCCCGGAGGAUCUCUCGGUUGAAAUCGAGUCGUACUUUUGCCCGGCCUGCCUCGACGUCAUGCCCCAGACUGAAGCCCUCGCCUGCAGUUGCCGCUGCACCAAGUGCUUCGACUGUCCCCGCUGCUUCGCGACGCUCGGCGUCGUGCGCGAGCCGCGCGAAGCCGCGGAGACUGGACGCGACGCAGGCGAGGCGCUCGCCGCCGCGAACGCGUUGGUCGCCGAGGGCGCCGCACCGACUCUGGGCCCGCAGCGGUGCGACAGUUUGUUGUCGAUCUCGAGCGAAGAAGACGCAGAAGAGGCGGAGCGCCGGUCGGCCGGAGGGAACGGCGACGGGAAGAGCGACGCAGGCGAGAAAUUCGAGUACGUGUUCGCCUGCACAGCCUGCAAGUGGAGCUCGAGGCCGCUGGACAUGAAGAGUCGGGUGUCCGCGCUGCUGCCCGCCGCGGGGACGGCGGAAGAGCGCGGCGGGCGCAUCCGGCGGUGCUUCAGUCCGAUCUUCGAGGCUCUGCAGGCGGCGGCGCAGGAGCGGGAACGGACGCGGCAGCUGGAAGCGCGAGUGAAGCACAAGGCGGUCGCGCUACUCUUCGCCGCAGCCGCCGCGAGGGGCAACUUCCCGGGGCGCGGCCUCGGCCGCCUGCAGCGGGACCGGACGUGGCGGGUGGCGGAUGUCGACGAGAUGCUCGCGAAGCGAACUGCAGAGAUCGCGCGAACCGACAUUUGGGCGAACGUGCGGCAAGACGGCCAGCCGGCGCCGCAGCGCGUGAGCCUCGCGGACCUGGUCGCAGGCAAACAUCUCGCGCCGACUCGGGAGGUCGUUUCGGAGUUCGACUGGAACCGCCGCCUGCAGCAAGACAUGUUUCGCGAAGACGCGGAAGACGCCGACGAGGACUUCACGGCCGAGGAGACGAAGGCGCUCGAGCCGCUCAACGCGAACCAAGUGCUCGUCGACCGCAGGACUCCAGACCUCGCCCCCGUGAAGGUUCCGGACGACGUCUGGGGCGGCGUCGGACGGGCGCGGGAAGCGGGCGGCGUCGACGAGGCCACUGUGGACGACUUCCCGACGGUGGAGCAGCGGCUGCGGAACCCGAACGCGACCGUCGUGGCGGAAAUGAGCGGCGCGCUACUGCACCCGACCCGCAAGCGCCUCCUGACGCGGCAGUCGAAGCGCUGUCGCGUCUGUCAGAAGUUCGUCGUGAAGAGCCAAGUGAGUCCGAACGCGGUGCCUCCGCUGCGCUUGAACUCGGCCGCCGCGCUCCUCCUCCCGCUCAUGUAUCCGCGCAUCCGCGACGGCACCGGCCUCGAAGGCCUCGUGGAUGUCGAGAUCGGCGUCGUCAACCCAACGGAAGUGCCCAUGUUCCUCUCCUUCCAUUUGGCGCACGGCCCGGAGGAAGACGCGGCUCAGGCGCGGGGGCUCACGGAGGCGUCUCCGCGGGAAGGGCGGGAGCCCAGUUCGGGGAAGGCAGGCGAGGCCGAGAGAGGCCUCGCUUCGGAGCGACAGUACGAGACGGUCCGGAGGAACUGGCAAACGCUCGACAUCUUGACCAAGAACUUUGACGUGGCGCUCGAUCCGUACGACGAAAUGCUGGAGGAACUGAACUCUGAAGUAGAAGAGCUGAGAGCGGACGACGACCCCACGAUUGUUCUCGCCAGAAAAGGCAACACCGUCUUGCUCAGGCUCCGCGUUCGCGCCAAGAAAUGGGCUGUGCACCAGGUCGGGGCCUGCUGCAUGACCGUCGACGUCGCCGUCGCGGACGACAACCCUGUCCGCGUGUGCUACGUUCUCACUCUCGGCAGAAUUGCACCCGCGAGCGAGCCGGAGCUGGUACGCCGCGAAAGCCUCUGA